AUGCCCAGCCGCGACCCCCCAAAGAUACCCCCUAUCAAGCUCAAGUUGACCCUCGGCUCCGCCCCCGCCCCCGCCACUCCCGCCCCACCGCCACCCGUGCCGACCAGCCAUGGAUCCAACGGCUCCGUCUCCACUCCCCUGCCCAAGAUCAAGCUGAGCACGGGCAAUGUCGCGGGCCCUUCGUCUUUACGUAUAAAUCUGCCGGAACCAGGUGGCUCUGACUCGCCAUUACCAGCGCCACCAGGUACUGCCUCGCCCGCAGCGCUCAUGACCCCGACACAACCCCAGCGCCAAAAGACGGCAUCGACGAAAAAGGUUGGCAGGCCGUCGACAAAGAAGAAGGCUACCGUCGCCAAGCGGCCGUCUGCCAUCCCUCCAAGGCUACUGGCGACAUCGUCUGCAACACCGUCGAGGCAGAUGGCCCCCACGAUGCCCGAGACGCCUACCCAGGACGGCACAUCGACUUCGCCUGACGUGCUGUCACUUCCUUUGAGUCCAUCCUCGCAAGGGUUGGAGUCUGGAUCCCCGCAGCAGUUUGAGGAAGAGACACCGAGUAGACGGGCUGUAAAGUGGACCAGGACAAAGAAGCCUCUCAAGGAGUUGCUGCAGAAGAUCAUGAUUGAGCUUCGGAAAAAGGACGAGUACGCUUUGUUUGAAGAGCCUGUCGAUACACAGGCGUAUCCCGAUUAUCUCGAGAGAAUAGGUGGUGAAGACAAGGCGAUGGACAUGGGCACAAUGCAGGCAAAGGUGGACAAUAACGAAUAUCGAAGCCUGGACCAAGUCGAGGCCGACUUGCGCAAACUGGUAGAAGCAGCCCACAAGUUUAAUGCCGAACACACGACUCCACAUAAAUCUGCGUCCAACAUCCUAUCACACGGACUCAAACACAUCGAGCGCGCCCGUCCCAUCGCAAUCACCCCACCGCCCUCACCUGUCCGUGUAUCCGCCACUCCUGUCUGUGCGACAUCUGUCGUGUCCACUCGUGACCGUGAACAGCGCGAGACGACCGUAGUGCAGGAAGAGCGAGUCCGAGAUCAUGUGCCUCCCCUCCACUACAUUCCCGAGGAGAUGCUCAACUUUCCUCCCAACUCUGCCAUGGCCCGUGCUGUGGGUUGGAACUUGAAUGGCGGAAAACGCGUGUAUAACAAGCGUAUCUCGCGGGCACGUGAAAAGUUUUCCGGCAAGUGGAGGAACUGGCUGGUGGAUGGGAGUCGGGAUAUAGCAGAGGCCGAGGAGAUUCAUCAGCUCUUUGAGCCUUGGAGGUUGAGGAGUGGUGACCAGUGGAGAGAGUUUAUCGAUUGGCAAGCGAUGCGAAACAAGGAUGGGUGGUGGGAGCUCGAGAUGGCCCAGCCUCCUCCCCACUCUGCCGCCCAACAAGCUCCCUUGCCUUUCAACCCAGCAACCCCGCGACAUGAUCAGGUCUCUCACAAGACCCUGUCGCCCUGGGAGUAUGGCCAGUAUCCCUCUGUGGCGUCUGAAGUCGCGUUCCUCCGCCAACGUAUUCCGAGCAUCACCGAUGACGACGAGAUCUUGGCCGAACAUAUACGUCCAAUGUACACCAGAGCCAGGCGAGGUGAUCCUCCGGCCCCCACCAACUUGGUCAACGUAUUCGACGGUCCUCUGAAACGGUCGCCUGGUGAUUGGGUGAGGGAUCUGGUUACGGGUGAUGUGGUAGGUGAAGCAUACCUGGACAGUCUGGAUAGAUUCGUCAAGGGUGCCAUGGAGAGUGUCGAGGGCGAGGAAACGCCAGACUAUCCUCUCGAUGAGUAUGUGUUUGAUCACUACCACGAGCCCCUCCUCCAGUCUUCCACGCGAAAGCUGGUGCAUGACACCCUACGUGACUUGUCCGCUCCAGACACAAGAGCAUCAUACAGUGCCCUGGGUGAAGCCGCGUACUCUCGAGUGGCUCUUCGCUACCUGACGAGACCUGCCAACCCGAUGGAUAUCCAGCCUUUGCUGCGGGAGGAGGGCGAUUUCAUGUAUCAAGGUGUGGGAGGGAAGAGUGGAGUGAACGUGGGGCUGGAAUGGACCGGCAAGGAAAUGUCGAGGCUGCUUGAGAAACAGAGACGUCUCAGAGGAGUCAACUCGAGUGUGGGCGACAAGAGAAAGAGAGAGGUUGAAGACGAGACGGAAAUCAAGAGGGUCAAGACGGAAGAUGACGCGGCUGUGUCAAAGGAUACUGAGACCAGGGCAGAGCCAUCUGAAAGCGAAGAGGUGGCGGCUGAAGAGCUUAAACAAUUGAGGUUGGAGCUGGUGGCGCUGAGCAAGUUCUACCCCUUGCCUGCGUUAAAGAAGAUGAGCAAAGAGGAUGCGGCGCUGCUUCCUGUGAAUGUCAGGGGACUGAUGUGUCGCCAGUAG